GUGGACCAUGGUGAGGACGAGACGGAAGAGCAAAGCAGUGGCUGCUGCUGCCGCGGCCGCGGCCAUGGCUGCAGGCAGCGAGGACCAUUUUGACGGGGCGUCGACGCAGGGCACAGAGGAGAUGUCCGUCUCAGCAGGAGGUCGCCUGGCGAUUCCCAUACCCGUCGACGUCGACGUCGAGGCCCUUUCCAAUCUCAUCCCAGAGGUCUCAUUCACUAACCCAACUCCAGACACCAUCGUGUCCAUAUACAGACUCUUGCUUGCACAGGUCGCAGAGACCGAUGCCACCCACAGAGACGUCGAGGAAUUGCGCGCCGAGGUAGAACGGAAAGACAUCGAGCUGGACCAGGCUGUUCAAGAUGGAGAGUCAAAGUCAAAGGACCUCGAGUCCUCUCUUGAGUCUGCCCAAACCCAACUCAACGCAUUGAAGACCGAACGUGACGAGCUCGCGAACUCACGAGAUACCUCUUCAACAGAACUCGAUCACCUCCGACACCGCGUCGAGGAAUGUGAAAAGGAGAAGCGCGAGCUUAUUGGCGUCGUCAGCAGACUCAAGGAAGAUGCCUCACAACGAGACGAGGAAAUUCAAACCCUGCGCACCAACCUCCGACAAGCAAGGCAAGAACAACAGGCUCUGGAGUCUCAGGUUCGCGAACUACGGUCCGCAGACACCGCCAACAAGUUCAAAAUCGAGACCCUAUCUCAGCAGCUCGGCCUGGCUCAAGACGAAACCGCACGCGUCACCACAGAACUAACCUCCAAAUCCGAAGAAUAUGCGCGCUAUCGUCGCACCAAACAUGCUGAAUUCAUACAACUUCAAACUGCGCACGACGCAUUGAUACAGAAACACGCGUCUGUUGAGAGUUCAUUCAAAGCAAUUCAGUCCGCACAUGAAGCCCAGACGCAGCAACUGACACAGGCGCUUUCUCGUGUGCAGGAUUUCCAGGGUAAACUCGCCGAACAGGAAGCCGCUUUUUCCACAGAGGUUUCUGGACUAAAACGACUGGUGACCAUUAUGGAAGAACGCGAGAAACAGGCUAAAGAUAUCGUGGAGAGCAUCGAACACGAGUGGGCGGGCGUCGGCGAUCGUGCUGAAAAACGCGAGGCUGCACUCCGGGCCGAGACGGAGAAGGAGAGGCGUGCCAGGGAGGAGGUGGAGAAGCGACUAGAGCAACUUGAGAUUGUAUUGGAGAGGAUCAAUAGGGGCGAGCUACCAGUUGCUGGUCGUGGUGCGACCAGUGUCCCCGGAACUCCUGGACGCUGGCAGGAUGGUGCUGCUGACCCCAUGUUUGGCUUGAGUCCGACGGUUGCUAUGGUCAGCAGGGCACAAAAGGGAGGCAAGACGUUCACCGAGGUAUAUGCAGAUUAUGUCCGCUUGGAGGAAGAGUAUGCGAGGAAAUGCACUGAGUACGAUCACAUGGAUAGAACCCUAUCCGAAGUUCUCGCUCAGAUCGAAGAAAGGGCCCCCAUUCUCGCACAACAACGCGAAGAAUAUGAACGCCUCCAACUCGAAGCUACGCAACUCUCCGCCCAGCUUUCCGCUGCUAUCUCCGACCGGGAUGCCAACGCCGCCUCCAUUCAAGAACUCUCACAAAAGAUCAAAAAAGCCCACAACGAGAACGAUCUUCUUCAACAUCAGCUCACUGAUCUUGGUCGACAGAUCCAGACGUUGCUCAAAGAACUCGGUCGGCAUGAAGACCCCUCCGUACCUUCUGACGAAAUUCUGGACCAGAUGGAACCCAUACCUGCAAAUGACAUCGAGGCUGUCAUCACGAACAACCUUGUCCUCUUCCGCUCCAUUCCAGAAUUGCAGGAGCAGAAUCAACGCCUGCUUAAGGUCGUACGCGAGAUGGGCGCCAAGAUGGAGGCAGAGGAACGUGACUAUCGUGCUACUCUCGAACAGGAACAGAGCGAAGCGGUGCGAGAAGCGCACGAGGCUAUCCAGGAACUCGUGACACAGCUCGAGAGGCAGAAGAAGAGCAGUGAGAUGACGAUUCAAGCAUAUAUGAAGGAGAGGGAUACCCUCAAGGCGAUGCUGGCCCAGUUGGAACGGGGAGUGCCGCAUGUCGGCUUGAAUGGUGAUAUUGGCGUUAACGGCGCUAGCACAGCGAGUAGAUCGAACGCCCAGCCUUCGGGUGAUUUGGCAAUGGAGUUGGCAGAUGCACAGGCCCAGUUCGAGUCGUACAGACAAGAGAUGGGUGUGGAUUCGUCGAAGCUCCGCGAAGAUUUUGUUAGCGCCCAGAGGGAACUUGGUCGGGCAAAUGCGGACCUGGCAAAGGCAAAUGCCAAGAUUCAGUAUUUGGACGAACGACACCGUAUGUCACAAGAACAGCUCGCACUACAAAGCCGCGAUCUGGAUCAAUUAUCGAUGCGUAACCAACAAUUAUAUGACCAACAAAUGCGUCUCGAUAUCGAUAAAGAGCGUGUCAUGGACGAGCUGGCGACUGUGAAGAGCGAUUUGGAACAGCUCCGCAACGAGGCUGCAAACCUUCGUGCAGAGAAGAGGAUCUGGGAGAGCGUACAGACGCGGUUAAUCGAGGACAAUAAAUCUCUCUCUGUAGAGCGCGCUCAGUUGGCGGAUCUUGUGGCUAAUGUUCAACGUAUCCACGGUGACCUUGAGCGUUCGGGCGAGAACGACCGUAAACGCCUCGAGACGCAGAUACAGAUGAUGGAAAGCCAAACGCAAGAAUUGAAGGUUCAGUUGUCACAAGAGCGAGAGACCCUUCGGCACGUCACGCUUCAGCGAGACAUCGACAUGAAGGAUUUGCAAGCACGUCUGGACAAGACCGCUGGACAGUUGGCUCAAGCCCGGGAAUCUCUUGUUGGCGCGGAGACGAGCAAGACACAUCUCCAGGAUCGUGUAGAGCAACUUACUCGCCAGUUGCAAGGCAACGAAGAGAAGCUUGCUGUGUACGAAAGGAGAGUGUCUGGUGCUUCCGCCGUUACGACUGUUCCUGCGUCGGAUUUGCCACGCGAGCAGCAGUUGGAGCAAGAAGUGGCUGAAUUGCGAUCUGCACUCAAAGUUGCUCAGGUUGAUCUAGCAUCGGCGCGUACCCACAUGCAACAAUUCCAGGAAAUUAGUCAAGCAAACGAGGCUGCACUGACAGCACUAAACGCUACUCACGAUCAGUACAAGACUGACGCUGAAGCUCGAGCCGCCCGACUUGAGUCCGAAUGCAGAUCGUUGCAAGAGAAGCUUCGUUCGGUUGAAGACGACUUGCAACAAGCCAAGGCGAAAGUCACCGAGAUCCAGCAUACCCUCGAAAACGAACGUACAGCAUGGGCAAACGAUAAGAGGAUUUUGGAGGGAACGAUUGUCGAUCUUAGUACUUCCGAAAGGGUUUCUGAGAACGACCGUACCACUCACGAGCAAGAAAUCCGCGAGCUGGAGCAGCGCGCGAUAGCUGCGGAGGAAAGAUACGCCCGCGAAGUAGUCACCCAUGCUGAGUCCUUGAAGAACGUGGAGAACCUUAGGCACCAGCUCACAGCGGCUCAGGCUACGGCUCGCCAAAACCUUGCGGAAGCGGCGAGUGCCCAAGCGAAGUUGGAAGCUUCUGAAGGCAGCUGGAAACAGCAGAAGGAGGCGCUUGAAAAAGAGAUCGCAGACCUCAAUGCACGUUAUGACGAUCUCUCCGCACAAAAGGCUCUCUUAUACCAGCACUUGGACACCGUCAGCUCACAAGCUGCUCGCAUCCGUCAGGUUGCAGACUCGUCCACGGAGAACACCUCCAACGAAGCCGACACCAACGACGACUCCGACGUUAAGUUGACAGAGUUGCGCGCUGUCAUUGGGUACCUCAGAAAGGAGAAAGAAAUUGUUGAUCUCCAACUUGAGUUAUGCAAACAGGAGAACGUCCGUCUUAAGGGGCAAACCGACCAUCUUAGCCGGAGUUUGCAAGAAGCCCGUAGCACUCUCUCCGAGGAACGUGAACGUACAAUCCAAGCUGCUACUUCAGAUGCCCAACAUGCUGAGAUGCUCGAACGAAUUAACCAACUCAACAUCCUUCGGGAGAGCAAUGCCACUCUUCGUGCGGAUUGCGAGAACUAUACCAAGCGCGCAAGAGAGCUGGGUGCUAAACUGAAGGCCCUUUCUGUGGAACUGGAACCUGCAAAGGAAGAGGCACGCAUCGCACAACGUAAUGCUCAACUUUUAAGCAAGUACGAUCGGAUUGAUCCUGCUGAAGUUCAGAGCUUGAAAGAUGAGAUUGACGCAUUGAAGGCCCAGAAGGCUGAGGUGGAAAAAUUGGUAACAGAACGAGAUGCCAAGUUCUCAGAAGCGAAUUCUCGGGUUGAGGCGUUGGAAGAUGCUCUCCGAAAACAUAAGGAGGCAGCUACGAAGAACAUGGAAGGGUUCAGGCAGCGGCUCGGACAUGUGAACCAGGAACGGUCUCGAAUGAAUCAGCAGGUUAAAGAGCUUCAAGAACAAGUGAGGACCUUGACAGCCGAACGAGAUACGCUUCAUGUUGGUGCUGGCGCCAGCACCGAUUCCGACGCCUCCAAAGAGCUCACUGCUCAACUCGACGCCCUUCGGCACGAGAAAGCAGCUCUCGAGAAGGCGCUAGCCGAAGAGAGAGCCAAACCUCCCUCGCUGCCCACGCCAACUCCUGAUCAAGCCUGCACUUGUUCCGAAAAAGACAGGCUUCUAGCGGAGAAGGAAGCCCUAUUGAACGCUGAAGGAGCCGACGCUUUGAAAGCUCAGUGGGCAGGAGAAAAGGCUGAACUUAGUAAAGCACGCGACGAAGCGGUGGCCCGAGCGAAGGAAAAAUUCCAAGUUAGAAUCCAAGACUUGCAAAGAGCUAGGGAUCGUGCCAAUACCGAACUUGCGGCGGCAGUCGAGAAGGCGAAGAGCGAAAUGUCAGCUGCGAGCGCAGGUAACGUGGAGGAAUUGGUCAAACGGCAUGCCAAAGAACUCGAAGACCUCAGAGCCUUGCUGAAUGCCCAGCACGAAGCCAACCUCGAUGCCGCCGUGCACGCUGCCACCCUGGCGGCGAAAGCUGAGGCAACCGUGGCUUCUAAUGAUGAUGCUACGAAGGCUGCCAUUGAUGCCGCUAUCGCAGCCCGUGAGCAAGAGUUCCAGACUAGGCUUAACGAUGAGAUCGAGAAAGCUGUCGAGCGCGGUAGAAUGGAGCAGAGUGCGAAGUCGAAGCUCAAGGAUUCCCAGCUCGUCCGGUCACAACUGAAGGUGAAGGAACUCGAAGCACAAAUUCUUGAAUGGAAGAAAGCAGGGAUUGUACCCGACUCUACUAGUGCCCCUGCCACUACGACUAUGCCCGCAACAACAACCACACCUGCAGCGCCUACCUCGACUGUUCCUUCCGAAGCAACUCCAGCGUCAGCCACAGAGUCGUCCUCGGUCCCUUCAACCAGUGUAAGUGCUGGCCCUGUACGAAGGCAGGCUACCAGCGGUGCUGUAAUGCUGGUUCCCCCCGAAGCAGCCACCAGAGGACGGGGCCGUGGUGCCUCAAUACGUGGUGGGCAGCGAGGCAUCUCCAUCAAGGGAAGAGGUGGUGCACCUUCACCUACUGCCACCACUGCUCCAUCACAGCAGCAAGGAGCCAUUCAAAUCAUGGGUGCAGCUGCCAAACGCGCUCGCGAAGACGACGUUUCUUCAGACGAUUCAUUAGCUAAAAGGAUCAAGCCUGCUGAGGCCAGCACGAGUACACCUGGCCUUGCGGUAGGGACCAGCACCACUAACAAGCCUCCUGUAACGAUCAGACGGCCUCAGCCGCCGGCAUAAUAGUCUGCGCAACAUCCAUCAUGAUGUUUGCUGUUAUUAUACGUUUGCAUUUUGUAUCAUUAUCCACACACUCGCCUGAACACUUCAUCGUACGUACCGUAUUUCGAGAUCAAUAACUACCAGUGGUAU